CUGUACCCACCCCAGACGCUGAUUAGCGCGGCAUCCUUCCACGGACGCGCCACGUAAUAUGUGGAGCUGCCUGAUUUGUGUGCGCGUCUGUGUGUUCGUGUCGGAUCUGGACACGCUCCGCAUCUCACAAAGGGCAAUUUUUACACAGCGCCGAUUUUCUUGAAGGCGAUAAAUGAAGAGAUUUUUUAAAAUUAUUCUUGUUGUUUUUGUGUCGUGCUCCUAAAAUCUCCGCGGGCAGAGGGGCUGGUGCGUCUGACCGCAGGACCGGUCAACGGGACGAGACGCAGGACACGAGCGAGAAACGGCGCAGGGUUUGUUUUGGAUCGAGGUGGAAGGUAAACGGACGCACAGACGCAGCGCUCGGCCGUGGUGCGUGGACGGGGACGAACGGAGGAGGGUGCGCUGACGUUUCACCAGCGAAUUUGCAGAUUGGAACAUUAGUUGGGUGAAGUUUCCUACUUGUUACCCCAGUUUUAGGCGCACACGAGGCGCGCACAGGUUUAAAUUGGCGCAGGGUGCCUUGUCUGGGUUCAUGGUGACCACCUGCGCUGGUCCCGUCACGCGUGGGAGCGCCACGUGCAAACAGCAGCUAAACAAAGAGCAGAGUUUACCCAGAGAUGCGAAUGUGCAGUCAGUGUGAAAGGCAGCGGGCAGUGGGAGCAGUACAGGGAAAUGAGAACUGCUGUCACAGCCAAGGAGUCAGAGACACAUUCGAGUCAAGCUUAGAGCCAGUGUUGGAGCUCAGGUCAUGUCUGCAGGAAAGGUCAGAGUGGAGCUAAAUGUAGAAUGAAAACAUUCAUGCAUGCGACAUUCUGACAUUUCAAAGAUUUGUGCGAUCAGGCUCCAUCUGCGUCCGCAGCUUCAGAUUAGAGCAGGUCAUUAUCUGCCAUUCAUUGAGGGGACAAUCAGGAUCGUUCCCCAUUGUGGAGGGCCGGGCACACGGCGAGUAUAAAUAGUUGAACAAAGGCCCUUUUGGAGCAACAGGAGGCUGAAACCUGAGGCUCAGAGUGUUUCCUCCCUCUGGAAAGUCACACACUGAAGCGCGGGACAGAGUCUCCAGUUCUCACAGAGUGGGAGGUGACGGAACGAGGCAGAGCGGCGUCCGCGAGGCUGCCGUCGCUUUGUAGGUGAUUACGAAGCUAAGAGCAGCAGGAAGAAACAGAAAGACGAAGAGGAGGGGAGGAAGAGGAGGAAGAGGAGGAAGAGGAGGAAGAGGAGACCUCCUGGACGGGACCACACCCCAGUCCCACAGCAUCAGGAAGGACUGCUCCGUCCCAGCUAGGACGCCUGGCUGGCCUCUGUCUGUUCAGGAGUGUGUGUCUGUGUCUGUGUGUGUCUGUGUCUGUGUCUGUUGUGUGUCUGUGUCUGUUGUGCGUUGUGAUGGCACCGAGAGGUGCCAGCACUCUUCUGUCUCCUGCCAGGAGGUCCCCACCGCCGCUGCUGCUGCUGCCGCUGGCCCUGCUGGUGCUUCAAGCGUCGCUCUGCCGCGGAGCCUGCGUGGAGGUGGACUCGGACACCGAGGCCGUGGCCAAUCAGGGCUUCAAGCUGGGCUGCAUCUCCUGCAAGAUGAGGGGCGAGGUGGAGGCCGAGGCCAAGGUCGAAUGGCACUUCAAGGCGUCGGACGACACAGAGUUCCAGCCGCUGUACAGCUAUGAAAACGAGGAGAAGCUGAUCAUCGACCCGCGGUUCGAGGGCCGCCUGGACUGGCGCGGCAGCAAACACACCAAGGACCUGCAGGACGGCUCCAUCUACAUCCUCAACGUGACCUUCAACGACACGGGCACCUACAGGUGCAUCUUCAGCCGCACGCUGAAGUACCGCAACUACGAGUACAACACGGAGACCAACAAGACCUUCAGCAUGAACGUGGUGGCGCGACACACCAGGGGGAUGGCGUCCAUCUUCUCGGAGGUGAUGAUGUACGUCUCCAUCAUCGGGCUGCAGUUGUGGCUGGUGGUUGAGAUGAUUUACUGCUACAGGAAGAUCUCAGCGGCGGGGGAGGAGGCCCUGAGGGAGAGCGCGGCGGAGUAUUUAGCUAUAGCCUCGGAAAGUAAAGACAAUUGUGCAGGUGUUCAAGUGGCUGAGUAGCUCUGGAGGUCAAGGAAGAGUUCAAGACGGCGUUACUGAGGAACCUCCACAACAUCCACCCUCGACGUCCUCUGCUCCCAUCGUCACUCACCUCCCAUUUCUCCACACGACGGAACCAACUGAACCACAGAGGGAAGAUGUUCACACAAAGCUUUGAGUGGGUCUCUGUGGAAGGAGGACGAGGCCUCAGCGGCGGGUGGUGGUUCAGGGACACGCGGAGGCUGUCAUGUACAUAGAGUAUAAGUAUGCUCAGAUAAUCGUAACCGUCUGUAGAUACAGUAUGUUAAAGGCCUUUUACCCCAUGUUUGCAUGCUUACGACUUUUACAAAGCAACCGAUGACUGACUGACCUUUCAACAUGUUGGGCUUCCAACGUGUGCCGGCAUUUGUUAGUGUCAGUGUUUCCUGUGUGGUUUGAUGAAGCUGUGGGUAAACAAGCUUAAUGCAAAGGAUUCGACUACAUUUGACCACUAACGUCAGCACAAGAUGUGGCUAAACGUCGGUUUUUGUUUUUAUCAGAACAUUUGCGGUCAAACCGACAGAACCUCCACAGCUUCGGUCUGUUUGCUUCACACAUCUGAAUGAUCGGCUCAGAGUUUAGUGGAGCGGAGGUGAGAAGGUGAGGUGGGACCAGUGACUCACCGCUGUCAGUAGGAGAUGAUCGCACACGUCAGUCCCUCACUGGAGGUUUCAUGAAAACCUCAAACGUUCAGGGGUUUUAGUCACCACAAGUGUUAUGUGCAUUUCGGGUAAAUUUGAAGUGUUUUUAAAGUUGUGUGAACCCAUGUGAGCUCACGUCACUUAUCAGUUAUGAAAAUGCAGAUUUGUUUUGUGAACGCCGUUCUCCACUGGCCAGUUUCAGUUCCUCUGGCACAGCUGGACACCCGAACUAUCCAAACAUUUAGGUUUUCUUUAUGUGCUGUGAUGGAAUUUACUGCAUCUGACACCAACUUGUGACUUCCAGCCAAUUUCUGUUCCACCCAAAGCCAGAGAGAAAAGGUUUACCGGCACGUGUGACAUGAAGUGAAAGUCACGUUCACUUAUCUACUGUGGAAGCUUUUCCACUGAUCCCACGCACAUGUCUUAGUAGGAACUUAAGGGCUUAGCAAGUUGCUAGAAACUCACUGCCAUCGGUAAAAAUACGACCAAACCUGUCCAGUGCCUCGCAGAGUGAAGCCAGUAGGAAGCAAAGCCCAGCGCCGAGCUGAUCCAGAAGCAGGAGCCGCGGCUGCUGGUGAACACUAGAGGGCAGCUGAUCACUGCCACUCUCCAUGUUUACUGCCUUUCAUACAGCUGGGUUGAAUGAACAGAUUAACUGCAUGCUGGUCUGCUCCGGAGAGAAGUAUGCGCCGUCUCUGCUUGGAGCCACUCGACCCAAACGUACCUGCACUAACGAACGGACCGCCGCUCUGCUCGUGUCCUCCUGUUUUUCUCAGAUUCAAAUAUACCUGCAGUUGUGACUUCAUGUGUACAUGUGGAUCUGCUGCCAGAAAAAUAAAUAAAAGCCCUAUGAGUAAA